ACCGAUUCCAUCCCACAAUCGCCAAUGACCUGACACCAGAGUCCGAGCAACUCGCCUCCGCGGUCAGGCCAGUGUGCGCCCACAUGCUCGAGCAGUUGAAAUACCCCGGAGCGCCCAAACUCGAGACAGCAGCCGUAGAGGCUCUGCUGAACUACAUGCACAAGAGAGCCGUCGAGAUCGGAGUGCCCCUGAACACGUCGAUCUCGGGGAAAGGAUUCCGCCUGGGCUACGCGGAAGGACUGCUGGCCCACCCCGGUCAUCCCGUCGAGGUGCAGGGGUAUGUGGGACUCUUCACUUGGCUCGUGGUCCAGUACGACGACAUCGUCGGCCAGAGCAACGAGAUGGUGGACGAGGCGCUGCACUUCCACCGACGCUUCUUCCGCGGCGAAGCCCAGCCCAACGACCUCCUCGAGGGCAUCGCCGGCCUGCUCCGCGAGGCCUACGACCACUUCGACCCCGUCAUGGCCAACCUGCUGCAGAUCUCCGUCCUCAAGUUCCUGACGAGCAACCUGCUGGAACGACACGACGGGUUUCAGCACAUGGCCGCCACGCGCGCCGGCGAGAAGUUUCCCGACUUUUACAGAGACCUUUCCGGCAUGAACGUCGCGUAUGCCGUGUUCUGCUACCCCAAGGCCCUCUAUCCUGACGUCAGCGCCUACCUGGAGGCCAUACCCGACAUGGCCCGGUUCAUCGACAUUUCCAACGACGUGUUAUCCUUUUACAAGGAGGAACUGGGCGGGGACACGAGGAAUUACCUCCACAAUCGCGCCACCGCCACGGGAAAGCCUAUUCUUACCGUCCUGGAUGAGGUGAAUCAGGAAGCGAUCGACUCCGCAAGGCGAGUGGAGGCUAUUCUCAAGGGGAGGGGCAAGUACGAACAGUCCUGGAAUGAGAGCGUAAGAGGGUAUAUGGCGAUGCAUACCACGAAUACUCGCUAUAAACUCAGGGAUUUGGGUCUGGGCGAGGAGCAUCCUCUGGCACCUUUUGAGGAGAAGAUUGGCGAGAUGAUUAACAAAUGAUUUUCCUUUUUUUUUUUUUUUUUUUUUU